GGCCAUUAAGGUUGACGUUCUGAUUUCGAGCACCCUGAUAAUCGAACACGCCUUAAAUUAAAAUUUUCGUUCCAGACAUUUCACAUUUCGCGCCGGCAGACGCAAUUUUUUGCAAAUAAAAUUAAAUUUUGAACAAUUUCAUAAAUAAUAAAAUGCAACGAGGUAUCGAUUCUUAUUUCAAUAAAGUUCCUAGCAAAAAAACAGAACCGCCUGCCAAACGAAAGGCUCUUGUGAUAUCCAGUGAUGAAGAACAAAGUCCCAAGAAAAAUUCAACUCCAAAUAAAAAAGCCAAACUUUCAAAGACAUCCGAUCAAAUCAAACGUAAAGAUGUCCCAACAAAGUCUGAAAAACAACUCAAGUCCGUUGAUGUUACAGCAUUGUUUGGAGGUGAAGCUACUCGUGAAACCAAGAAACCACAUAAAUCUUCCUCUAGCAAAGAUGAGAUCAAAAACAAUGAGGCAAUUAGUCCUCUCAAGAAUACAUCAAAGGAAAAGAAGACCGAAACAGUAUCUCCUUCUGCAUCCAAGGAUUCUCAUAAGAAUGAGAGCAGAGAAGGUACAAAUAAGAUCUCAAAGAAAUCUGCAUUGUCUCAGUUAGUCGAUGAACUUGAAACUCCAAAGAAGUCAAGUGUUACUUCCAAAAAAUCACCUGAAGAUAAAAAUCGAUCCAAAGAGCACGAUUCUGUUGAUGUAAAGGCAUCAAUAAAAACUAACACUCCUAAAAAAUCUACAGAUGAAGAUGAAUUUAUUCCAGAAUCUGAAAAGAAAACUGUCCAUAGCAAGAAACUGGACCGAUCUAUCAAGAAAGAGAAAGAGGACAAAACAGCAGAGGCUAAAGAACGUAAAAAAGCCGAUCUUGAAUCAAGUGUUCUCUCUGAUGAGGAAAGAUUUGAGCGCAAGCGAAUGGCAGCAGUUCUAUAUCAAAAGUUCAAAAACAGAUCAUCGGUUAUUAAUCCUGGAAGUAAAGAAAUUCCCAAAGGGAAGCCAAAUUGUCUUGCAGGAAUCACUUUUCUUGUUACUGGUAUUCUCGAAUCAAUUGAACGAAAUGAAGCCAAUUCGAUUAUUAAAGAACUUGGAGGGAAAGUUUCUUCGACAGUUGGUAAACGACUUAAUUAUAUUAUUGCUGGUGAAGAAGCUGGACCAAAAAAGCUUGCCGAUGCUGAAGCGCUUCGUAUUCCUCUUUUAACUGUAGAUGAUUUUUUCAACUUGAUUAGAGAAAAAUCAGGCGAGAAAGUUGAGCGUGUAAAAGAAGAACCCAUAAAAUCCGACAAAUCACCUAAAACUAAGAAAACUCCACUUAAACGUAAGCACGAUGAAGAUGACACCACUUCAAUGAAUAUUAAAAAAGAAGUUGAGGACUUUGAGAGCAAAUCUCAAAUAAGUAUUAAGAAAGAGAUAGACAUUAAAAAAGAAGUUAAAAAUGAAAUAAAAACAAAUAUAAAAGUUGAAGGUGUAGAAUUCAAACCAGAAAUAAAAGUUAUUCCAGAAAAUAAUAUAGCAUGGGUAGAUAAAUAUAAGCCAACGGCUGUCAAACAAAUAAUCGGUCAACAAGGACCCGCAAGUAAUUGUAGCAAGCUUUUGAAUUGGUUAACUAAAUGGCAUACAAAUCAAAGUGGUCCAAAGAAAUCACAAAAACCAAAUCCUUGGGCUAAAAAUGAUGAUGGAAGUUAUUUCAAAGCAGCAUUACUCUCUGGUCCCCCAGGAGUGGGUAAAACAACAACAGCUACUCUUGUUUGCCAGGAAUUAGGUUAUGAUAUUGUAGAAUUUAAUGCAUCAGAUACUCGCAGCAAACGCCUCCUAAAAGAAGAAGUUUCUGAACUUUUGUCAAAUAAAUCUCUUCAUGGUUAUUUUACUGGUAAUACCCAGAUAGUAUCUAAAAAACAUGUCCUCAUAAUGGAUGAAGUUGAUGGAAUGGCAGGAAAUGAAGAUCGAGGAGGCAUUCAAGAACUGAUAUUACUUAUCAAAGAAUCUCAUGUGCCUAUAAUUUGCAUGUGUAAUGAUCGUAAUCAUCAAAAAAUGCGUUCGCUUGUAAAUUAUUGUUAUGAUUUGCGAUUUAAUAGACCACGUUUGGAACAAAUUAAAGGUUUUAUUAGGAGCAUAUGUUUUAAAGAAAAGAUCAAGAUCAGUCCAGAGAAGAUAGACGAGAUUAUUUUGGCCACGAACAAUGAUAUACGGCAGUCGGUGAAUCAUAUUUGUUUGUUAAGUUCGGGAGACCAAAUUGAACUCUCAACAAAGGGUACGAAAACGGCACAGAAAGAUUUAAAAAUGGGUCCAUGGGAGGUGGUGCGAAAAGUUUUCUCGGCCGAAGAUCACAAGACUAUGUCCUUGGCAGAUAAAGCAGAUCUAUUCUUCCACGACUAUAGUAUGGCGCCCCUCUUUGUUCAGCAAAAUUAUUUGAUGGUGUCGCCAAGUGGACCAAAAUCGGAUGUCCUUAAAAAGGUUGCAUUGACUGCUGAUUCCUUGAGCUUGGGUGAUUUGGUCGACCGGCGUAUAAGAUCAAAUUCGGCAUGGACUCUUCUACCAGUACAAGCUGUAUUAAGUUCAGUUCUGCCAGGUGAAUACAUGGAAGGACAUUUCACAGGUCAAAUAAACUUCCCUGGUUGGUUGGGAAAAUAUUCCAGAAGUAAUAAACGCAGUAGAUUAGCACAAGAGAUUCACGAUCACACCAGAUUACGAACAUCUGGUUCUCGUCUCUCGAUUAGAAUGGAUUAUGCACCAUUCCUCCUAUCAAACAUUGUGAGGCCAUUGAAAGAUCGUGGACUUGAAGGUGUUGAAGAAAGUUUGAAGGUACUUCAAGAAUAUCGCCUUUUAAGGGAGGAUAUAGAUUCACUUAUUGAAUUGACCAAUUGGCCUGGAAAAAAGAGUAUAAUGGAUGCAGUCGAUGGGCGAGUAAAGGCUGCCUUGACGAGGUCAUAUAACAAGGAAGUACUUCCAUAUUCAUAUUCUGCCGUCACAACUCUUAAGAAGAAAAAAGGGGAAGCAAAUGAAGGAGAAGACUUACUGGGAUUAACGGAAACAGAAGAAGGUGAAACAGCAGUAGUUGAAUCUGAAGAAGAAGAUAAUAGUUUGGAUAACGAUAAUCUUAUCAAAGCCAAGAAAAAACCUGUUGCUUCAACGUCAAAGGCUUCAAAAAAAGCAACAACAUCAACAAAGCCAAAGGUCGCAGGAAGGUCUAAAAAAUAAUUUAAAAAUUAUUCAAUCAAGGAAUAAGUUACUUACACUUUGUUGCUUAUCAAUUAAGUUGUUCUCUUUAGUUUUUUGUUGUUCAAAUUGAAUAUUAAUAAAUCAUAAAUAAUUUAAAA